GUCCGCAAUACCCGUAACAUCCUUGGUUCCUUCCACUGAAAUCGAUCACAUAAUCUCGAUCGCCGACCCACUCCGAUUCCCCCCAAUAUCCCCAAUUUCUAUCUCACGCUUCUCCUUCCUUCCUCCCUCCUUCAUAUGUAAACCUAGAUAUCCUCCUCCAUAACCAUGGGUUGCGGAAUGUCCAAAUCCAACCUUAUGGACGAGGCGUUUAACAAACGCACUGCUGCUCCCAAAUUGUUAAUAAAAAAUACACCUCAACCAUCAUCAUCAUCAUCGAUCGUCGACAAACCACCGGAGUUGCAAAAAAUCAACACCACCGCUAAUAAUGGAGGAGGAGGGAAGAAUUCCGAUGUUGAUUCAUCAUGGUUUGGAUCUCCGAGCUUUAGAGAGUACAUUAAAUCCAGCCCCCGUGCUACUACAGGUAAUGAACAGGGAGAGAAGGAGACCGUAAUUGGUGAACAAGGAGGCCAAAAGUUAACAUGCAACGAUGGGGUUUGCGAAUUGAGGCAUUCAAGGGGGGAUACGGAACAUGAAGAUAAAAAGGAGACAAUAGCAGGAAGAUUUAGGAAGGCGUUUCAGGUGCAGCAAUCCACUUUUUGGCACAAUCGUCCAUGGCAUAUUGGCCACCCGAAAGCAACCAAGAAAACAACAUGAUAUAAUUUUCACGGCUAAUUUAACUGGUAAGAGAUUGCCUCUGCUUUCUGAUGUACAAUAUCGGUUCGAGUC